UCAAUCUUCUUGGCUAACUUCAUCGUAGCCCGAACCUUAUUGAUCCCUCUCUCUGCCUCUCUUGUAUGUAUAUCUAUAUAUAUCUAUCUAUCUAUAUAUAUAUAUAUAUAUAUGCAUACACACACACAAGUUAUCUUUUAACUCUGUGAUACAAUAUAUACCCUUUCUCUUCCUCUUUCUAUAUAUAUCCAUUCUGCGCAUUCUUGCCCAUCUAAAAUAAGCAAGCAAUGGAGAAUGCAGCAUUACAGUCUUUGCUCAGGCAGAAUUCAACACUCAAGAAACCUAAGACAAGUUCAUGCAAAACAUUCUUUAAAAUGUUCAAACUCUUCCCUCUUUUGAGUUCAGGUUGCAAGAUGGUAGCACUGUUAGGUCGUCCACGGAAGGCGUUACUUACCCACAACGCAACAACGGGGACUUUUUUCGGAUAUCGCAACGGAAGGGUAAUAUUAGCAAUACAAGAUGAUCCAAAAUGUUUCCCAAACUUUGUUAUAGAGUUACCAUUACUUACAAAUGCUUUACAUAAAGAAAUGGCAUCCGGGUUGGUUAGAAUUGCCCUUGAAAGCGAAACAAGAACUUCAAAGAGGAAAUUGCUUGAAGAAUAUGUUUGGGCUGUUUACUGUAAUGGUAAAAAAACUGGUUAUUCUAUCAGGAGGAAACAAACUUAUGAUGAUGAACUACAUGUUAUGCAACUUCUACGAGGAGUUUCUAUGGGAGCUGGAGUUCUUCCUGCUGGCCCAAAUGAGAAAGAAACACUGAUUGACGGGGAGCUAACCUACUUGAGGGCUCGGUUCGAGAGAGUGGUUGGAUCAAAGGAUUCAGAAGCUUUUUACAUGAUCAAUCCGGAUGGUACAAGCGGACCUGAUUUGUGCAUAUUUUUUGUCAGGCAGUGAUGAUAAAAAUUCAUUCUGUAAACCCCAUAUAUCCUUGAACUAGUAGCAUAUAUGUUAUAUAGUACUCCGUAUAAUAUAACUACACUCUCUUUCUUAUGUAAAUGAAUGAGCCACAGCAUGUUUUCUUUUCUUAAUCGGAUGAUAAGAAAAGCAGUUCUAACUAAGAGGAAUUUUAAUAGUAACUUUUAUACAUGGAUAAGAAUUGUUCUACAGCA